AUGUCAUUUUCCUUUGGAUCAAAUAAUAAUAACACCAGCGCUACUACCAACAAUUGGGGUGCAUCAACAGGAUUUGGACGACGAGCAUCUGUUGGUGGUCCAUUAUCAUCUUCAACUACUGCAGCUCCAAAUACAAAUCAACUGUUAUUUGGAAACACAGCAUCAAAACCAGGUGGAUUAUUUGGAAAUCUGAAUAACACUACUGCAGCAUCUACAGCUUGUAGUGGUAGUGGUGGUCUUUUUGGAAAUACUUCAACUGGCAAUACUGGUUUAUUUGGAAAUUCCGCAACUGCAACUAAUAAUAAUACUGGUGCUACAAGUACUGGUAGUACAGGUUUAUUUGGUAAUUCAAAUACUACAAAUACUGGUAGUACAGGUUUAUUUGGCAGUUCAAAUACUACCACCAGCACUGGAAAUACAGGUUUAUUUGGAAAUAGUCAAACAGGUGCUGCUUCUUCAAGCACAUCAACAGGUUUAUUUGGCUCAAAACCAGCCACUACUACUGGAGGACUUUUUGGAAAUUCUUCAAAUCAAGGAAGUACUGGAUUAUUUGGUGGAUCUACAUCCACUCAACAACAACAACAACCAACAUCUGGUGGUCUUUUUGGCGGCUCAUCCAAUUCCGGUGGAUUAUUUGGAGCUCAACAGAACCAAGCUCCUUCGCUUCAAUUAACUGUUAACAAUAGUAAUCCUUACAGUUAUUCCCAAGUUCUUUCAAAUUUACAAGCAUCAAGCGCCAAUAUGCCAGAGUCUGUCACCACAUCUGUUUUCCCUGAUAUGAUGAAGGGGUCUAAUGAAAAGAAGAGAAGAUUCUCCUAUUUGGAAAAGCCAGAAACUCAUAAGCCAAAAUCUUCAUUGUUGAGUAAAUUGGGCCAAACUUUCAGACUUAUCCGUAAUGGAAAUGCUGCUGCUUCUUUUGAAUCGUUAAAAGGUUUAUUCACCAGUAAUGACGAAUUAAAACCACAACAAAAAAGAAUUAUGUUAUCUGCUGCAGCUGCAUCAUCAUCAUCAUCUAAUAGCUCUUCUGUAAUUACUCCAAAGACAAUUACUAAGCCAUCAUAUAGAGCUGUCGAUGCAAGAAGAAUUGGAAGUAUGAAAAGAUUGAUUAUUAAAACCAAACCAAUGAAGUAUCAUAUGAUUAAUGUUAAUAAAGUGUUCAAUGCAAAGAGAAGAAAAGUUAUUACUCAGUCAUUAUCAGCAGAUAAAUUGUUAACCGAGAGAUAUGACAGUCAAGAAGAAGAAAGUGAUGAUGAGUUGGAAGAUGAAGGAGAUGUUGCUUUGAAUAAGGCAUUUUCUAGAUAUUCAUACAAAGCUGGCAAAACAUUUGAAGACUCUGCUUCAGCCACUGCUACCAGAAUUGUGGAAAAGACAUCAGCUAAUGAAAACGAAGUUAAACAAGAUGAUUCUAGUAAUUUAGAUGAAUUGCAUGAUGGUUACUGGUCCACCCCAACAAUCAAGCAGCUCUCAGAAAUGAAUAUUGACCAAUUGUCAAGCUUGGAUAACUUUAUUAUUGGAAGGGUUGGCUGUGGACAAAUUGCUUACAAUUAUCCAGUUGAUUUGUCACAAGUGUAUUUGGAUGCUCAAAAGAAAGGAAUACCAUUGGAGAAAGAACUUUUUGGGUCAGUUAUUAAAAUCAAUUCAAAGUUUAUUUUAGCAUAUAGCGAAGACACAAACAAACCGGCCAUGGGGUUCGGAUUGAAUGUUCCAGCAACAAUUACACUUGAAGGUGUUAAACCAAAACCAAAUAUGACCCUUGAUGACCAUAUUAAUUAUUUGAAGAAGCAAAUUGGUAUGGAAUUUAUUACCUACGAUCCAAUAACAUGUGUUUGGGUGUUUAAAGUUAAGCAUUUCAGUAUAUGGGGGUUGAUUGAUGAAGAAGACGCCGACCUGAAGGAUUUAUUGGCAAUGAAGAGAAAGCAAGAUGUUCAAGAAUUAGAAGCAUCCGCUGAAUAUUCCAGAUUAUAUGAAAAUGAUAAAAUACAACUGGAACUCAAGAAACAAAAACUCAAUGAACAAAACAAGAUUGUUCCUGGUGGAUGGACUUAUACCAUUGAACCAUCAGAUGAUCCUUUGUCAAUCAAACGUCGUUUGGUUUCCGAUGAAAUCAGUAAGCAAUUGAUCAAAUACCGCUCUGAGCAAAGCACUGAUGAAUUAAGUGAACAAAUUAGUGAUAUAACAAUAGAAUCUGAUAAAGAACCAACACCUGUUCCUCGAGUUGCUGAAUAUAUUCAUCAAAUGACCAAUGUUUUACCUCCGGAUCUUGAUUUGAAUGAAGUGGUUAGUGAAAAAGUUUACGAGCCUCACGUUACCAACGAGGUUGUGUUUGAUUCUAUCCAAAUUCGUCCAAAUUUGCCAACUUCAGAUGAUUGGUUACUUCAGUUGGAAUUAGCUAAUCAGAUGACUUCUGCGUUAGCUCCAUUUGUCACUAAACCAAAAACAAAGAAUGACCCCUUGAGUAUUCAAAAAAUCGACGAUAUUUUGUUUUCUGAUUUCAACCAAAAAAGUAUGAAUGUUUCAACUCCGACAAAGCAACUUUCACCAAUAGAUGAUAUGGAUGAAUCUGAGGAUAUUUUCAAUGAUAAUAUACCUACUGUUUUUGGUACAUUGUUAUCACAAUCAAAAGUUACCAACAGAGAUAAUUCUUAUCCAAUGUUGAAGGAUACUAUUGGAUUUCAAUUUAAAGAUUUGGUUACACCUGGUCAAGAGAAAGAAGAGAAUGAUAUUGUCACUUUGGCAUCUGCAUUAUUUGACGAUGUGCAAGUUGACAAUUCCACGGAUCCAAAUGUUACUGCAGCUUUGGUUGAAAAGACUAGGAAAGGAGUAUUCGGUGAUUGGUUAAGAAACUUUAAUUGUUCUGAUGUCGAAAAAUUAUUGGUGGAAAAUAAAUCUGAUCCUUUGGAGACUGUAUUCAUCUACUUGUGCGCUGGAGAUUUAACUAAGGCUAUCCAAGCAGCAAUUGAUGCUAAUUGCAAUCAUUUAUCUGUUGUUGUUACCCUUUCCGAUGCUAACGAUGUGGUGGUAAGAUCUAUUGCCAAAAAUCAAUUGGAUAGUUGGACUACCCGUAAUACCAUCAAUAGAAUUCCAAAAGCAAUUGUCAAAAUCUAUCAAUUGUUGGCUGGCGAAUUUGAACAGAUUAUUGAUGGUUUGUCAUGGAAUCUUGGAUUGGCAUUGAAGCUAUUCUAUGGUGAUUUCAAGGAUAUUAAGACUUUGAUCACUGAGUUUAAAGACAGCCUACCACAUGAAAGUCCUAUUACAGAUAUUUUCACAUUAUACAUUGAUGGUGUGAGCUUGUCCUCGAUAAAAUCUACUUGCUUAAAUACAAAGUUAAAAUGGUUUGUGUUAAAGAUUCUAGCAACUGGUUUUACUUACGACGAUAUAACAAAAGAAUUUGGUAAAUACUUGGCAUCAAAUGAUUACUGGAAAGAAGGUGUACUUACUUUUGCUACUUUGACAAACGAUGAAGAAGCUAAAGAAGCCAUAAGAGACUUGGUUGUUUCUAAGAUCCAGUUUAUCAAGAGCACAUCGGUUGAUAAAGAACAAUAUGUCCUUUCUGUAUUAAAACUUCCUAGGGUUAUCAUUUACGAAGCAGUUGCUUUACAAAAGAAUAAGGAAAAGGACUAUUGGGGUGAGUGUGAAGCAUUCCUUGAGGUUGAAUUAUGGGAAAAGGCACAUGCUACAAUUGUUGAUCAAUUAGGUCCAGCCACAGUUCUUUCAAAUUCAAAUGAAGAUAAGAGUCACUUAUUGAAGAUUCUUAAGCAAUUUCCAUCAAACGGGUUAAUUAUACCUGAUUGGAAUAAAGGCGCAGGUAUCUUUGAGAAAUAUUUAUCUGUAUUGAGCAAGAACGACAAAGAUUGCUUUGAGGAUUUAGAGUUUUUACUUUCAUAUUUACCAUUUGUUAAAACUGAAUCUUUUGAUCAAAAAGUGGCUGCUAAUUUGAUUUCCAAAAAAGUUGGUAAUUUAACACUUGAGAACAUAAAAUUUGAUGCUUCGUCUAAAUCCAAAGUCUUGGAAUUACCAUUGGGCACUGUUGAUAAGAGGUAUUUUGAACUCAGAUUGUCUAAUUAG